UUUAGGUAAAGAAAAUGAUAACAAAUUCAAAUGAUGCGAUUACAACGGUAGAUAAAGGAGAAAUCGAUCGGCACAGCAAGUUAAUGCCUGAUUGGUGGAAUUCUCACGGCUCUAUUAAAGGUUUACAUAGCUUUAACAGUCAUAGAAUACCCUACAUUGUAAACGGACUAAUUGUCUCAUCAGAAAAGAGGAAUUCUUCCAAACCGUUGAUAAAUAAGAAAAUUCUAGAUAUAGGUUGUGGAGGCGGUAUAGUUUCAGAGGCCUUGGCGAAAUUGGGUGCAGAGGUGACCGGCGUCGAUGCUAGCAUAGUUUUGAUCGAUCUAGCUAAAGUACACAGCAACGUGGAUCCAGAAGUUGCUAAAAAUAAACCUAUUUAUUAUUGCAGUAGUAUUGAGGAACAUGCCAAAGAAUUUAAAAACCAAUACGACGCUGUCGUGGCCUCUGAAAUAAUCGACCACGUGGCAAAUGUGGAGUUGUUUCUUAAAAAAUGUAUAGAGACGUUGAAACCAGGCGGGAAAAUAUUCAUAACUGCCCCAAAUAGAACACGUUUAACACAAUUUCUGAUGAUAUUUGUAGCGGAAAAUAUUGUCAAGGCGAUACCGAAAGGAAUUCACAAAUAUGAAAAAUUUGUGAAACCUGACGAGGUUAAAGCGUUACUUGAAAAAAACAAUUGUGAAGUGAACAAUGUACACGGACUGUUCUAUUUCCCCAUUAUAGAUAUGUGGCAAUGGGUGUAUUUCAAUACACUUUGGUAUGCCUUACAAGCUACUAAGCUCUGUUGAAAAAUAAAUAACUGAAAAGAAAAUUAAACGAAUUUCAUUGUUA